UACAGUGGAGAAGCGUACUCGAGACUUUAGAAGACUCGACAGAAAUCUGAACAAAAUGUCGAUGACUGGGAGCUUAAUGGGAUACGAAAACAAUAACGAUGUGAACCAGGCCAAGUGUAAAAAGCCGUUGAAGCCGUUGCCGGUUGUAUCGAGCAUAAGCUCCGGUGGCGUUACCACGACCACGGGCAAAUCGAAGAGGGUACGAAAAUCUACGAGAAAAGAAUCGUGUAUACGCGGUCAUGUGAACAGCCUCUGGUCCGUCUGGUACGGCAUCGUAGCUGUCGCUUUUCAAGCGUACAUUGCAAUGAGAUACGCCAGACGAUUCGCCGCCUACUUGUCAUUACCAUGGCCAGCGGACGCGCCACCUCCUAAAAUUGAAUUGUAUGCCUGCCUGGUGCUAGCCGGUACCGGAGUCGUGCUACUUCCGGUGCUACUUGGUGCGGCCUUCUUGAAGCUCGGCAAUUUGGCAAACGAUGGAAUAAAACUAGGCCGACAUUUGAGCGCUUGCUCGCGCGACCCUCCAUCUUCGCUUCUCACUAAUAAUCCUGAUAACAGUCUGGUGAAUAAUUUAUGGAGACACGGUGGCCCUACGGCGACCUUCGUGCAUCUCUGCACGGCCAUGUGCUUCCUCCUACCCUCUCUGCUCAUGGAAGCGAGGCUAAUACACGCUGGAUUUCUGCCAAAAGAUGCCAUAUGGAGGACCGAUUUGGACUGGAUGGUGAUACAUCGCGAUCGCUUGGUAUUACUAAGUUUUAUGAACCCGAUCAGCAACUUGAGUACCAUGACUGGUUCAGUAACUUCUCAAUCUUUCGUAACCCCAGACGAUGGUAUUAACGAGAACCUCGAUGAAUUAACUACUCCAAUACCUACAACAAACAUGGCGCUUCCCGAUGCUGUCGAGGCUCGUAUUGAAACAACUACUAGAUUCUUGACCAUCCUCCAUCCAAUCACAGAUCCACCUUUAUCCCACAUUACUUCGAUUCCUAGUACGAUCCCCAGCAAAUCUACAACGAGCAUUGAAAUGAUUUCAACAACUUCGAAAACGAUAUCGCUCUCAAAAAAUAACACUGCAAAACGUCCAACCGUGAGACCCAUCACCAGAAACAGUAGUUCGAAGGGUAGAUCGAAGGCAAAGAAUCUCAUGAGGUUAUCCACCACGGCUAAACCUGUUAGAGUCGUCGAAGGAAACAUGACGGCUCAAAGUAUGUCGUUAACAAUGAAUAGUUUAGCUGAUCUUGAUCAUCCCGAAAACUUGAAUUUGGAACUUCAAACAGCCGAAUCAUACGGUCCGAUUACUUUGGAAUAUCUCAAUUAUGCCAUCGCGCUCGGCGUCUAUUCGGUAAGAUACCCCGCCGUCUUUUGGUCGUGCAACAAAGCAUUGGGCACGAUUUUCAGUCUGCAGUUGGUCGUAAAUUCAGCGCAGAGUCUGCUGGCUUACGCUGGAAUGUCCGUCCUUUACAAGGUCCAGGUAGUAGGUGCCUUGAAGGUCUUGCCGCAUCUUCGGCAUCGCACUAUGCCCACAAGCAGUACAAUUUCGACAAUAUUUGGAGAUUCUUACUUUCUGCUAGAUCCUCCAGUAACUCUCGUGCUCUUUGCUCUUUUGUCCUUUUUAGUGCUCUGCUCCAGCAUGGUCAUGUACUUCUACGCUCAUGGCAGGUUUACGGCGUUCUUGAAUCAGGAACGUGAGCGUCGUGUGAUCCUGUCGAAGGAUGGCCGCGAGGGCAACGGUUGGGUCUAUCUGCCGCAUUGCGCCGCGUUCGUCGUGUUCCUGGCGAUCGUGAUCUGCGGUGCGCCGUUGCUUUACGACUUUACGGUGGUGUAUCGCGGUAGCCUGGACGGCGCCAUUCUUGCCUGCAUCAUCGGUAUGAUCCUGCAUCUCCUCCUCUGGCUGCUACUCUGGAUAUUUCUCACUAUCAAGCAACGAUGGACGUUCAAGUUACGCGUGACCAUCGGACGCGCAACUGUGAGGUCCGCGAGGUCGGUCAAACUUGUGACCGACGUCGACUUGCUCUCGGCAAGGGACGACGACGAUGGCACCAACGCGCCGUUGCUCGUCGUCGGUAAUGGCAGGACUUACACUAUCGCCGACACUUCGCCAAAGAGAGCCAUCAUGAGUGUAAUACAGAAAGCCGCCAUGGAAAGGAAAGCGCGAUCGCAAGGUGGAAACGUUGAUGGAGUCGACGGAGAAUCGACGGCUGACGGUGAUGAGCAGAUCUACUGGCUUAGGCCGAAAUUACGUCCUUCACCUACACAAUCCCCGAAUGACACCAGCAGUGCACCGACGUCCGAUAAGAGUUGGCUGAACAAGAAACUCAAGCAUAAGGUCACCUUUAACGACCUGCCUAGUACGUCAGGCUCGCGUAAUAAGGGAAAAGCCAGACGAGGCGUCGCUGACGGCGGGCCUGACGAUGACGGAGAUUACGCCACGUUACGCGAAUUACCGUUAAUCACCUCGCUGGAUCCCGCCGACGACUCUACCUCUGAAGAAAACAAGUGGCAAAGAUGGCCGAUAAGUCGUAGAGACAGUAUACCUAAAUUCAGGAAUUUGCUCGAGUGUGUGAACGACGAUCAAGUGACUUACUAUGCAAGUGCGAGUCGCGACCUACAACCGUCGGAAGGUGAUCCUUCGCCUCUUCUGACUCCAGAUCCUCUACCCGAUCCCGCAGAAGAACCGCUUCCACUGCCACCUCCGACUCCAACAUCCGCACCAACUAUCGAUAUUGUCACGGCGCCAUUAACUACAAAUGUCCAGAUGAACGGCGGACAGACGCCGCGAUGCCUACGCCGUGCGGAUUCGGGGAUGCCGCAUGAUGAAUUGACACCACGCUCGGACUCCUCGAACUCGCCACCCUUGGACACGGUAGGCAGCAGUGGUGGUGCCGGUUCAGUAACUGGUCACAGCAACACCAGUAGCAACAGCGAGACGUCGAGUGGCGUGCACAGUAACGCAAGCAACGCCAGUAACGCUAGCCACAGCAGCUCCCAACGUCGGGCGACCAGCGUAGACGACCUGACCGGGGAACCGCGCGAGGAGCCACGCGAGCAGUGGCGCAGCUGCUCCCUUCAACGUGGCACGCAGCCACCUUCAGCGAACAUGACAUUCUCACCACCCAGCAGUCGUCCCAGCACCAGUCAGUCCUUCUCCUCGCCACAAUAUGUAAACCAUGUGCCGCCGUAUAGCAAUGCCGUUAGCGAGAUUGGCUCCGGCUGCCCGGCAGUCAUCCUGGAGAAUCCAAAUGAGGCGACGGUCGUAAUCCGUCGCAAGCUCUCGAGAGCGAAACUCACGGAUCCACUGAAUCCGAACGAGGAACCGUUUGGUCGAUCCACCAAUAUGAGGAUGACCUCCUUCACCGAGAGCAACGACAUUCGCAUACAGGCCUCCUCGGCAACUUUGCCGCAUUAUCCUACACAGCCUGUCGUCACCUAUCCUCAUUGCUCCACGAUGCCGCUACCGCACGCGUCCCAUAGUGUGGCCGCGACGAAUAUGAGCGGCGGCUCCACCGGCAGUUGCGGAUCCGUACCAAGGCACACCUUCGUACCUCCGCAGGUUCAUUCUACUAUGCCAGCACAUACGACUCUCCCGUCACAUCAUAACGGCGUUAGGCUGCUCCAUGCUACCGCCGUUGGUCCCAGCAAUCCCUUUGUUAAGAGAUUCCCGCCAGUACAGUUGCAUACUCAACCCUGGGCCCUGCCGGGUCAUCAUACUUUCCCCCAGAUGCCGCAAAGCAAUAAUAAGCUCACGGCCACUGCACAGAUCAGACAGAGCGAUCGAGACUCUGCAAACUUCUCCAUGGCUAGCAGCGGGGAUUCUGACACAUGUUUACCACAUUAA